AUGGCCGAAGUUAAAGCAUUACAAGCACAGUGGACUUCGCUUGCUCCUCACGUUGCAGACCACGUUUCAGAACUCAACGAGACCCUCAAGACUAGUACAUAUAUUUCUGGUAAUUCUAUUGCUGAUGUCGACAUCACCGUCUAUAAGUCUGUUCUUCCAUUAGCUAAGGAAUGGACUUCUGUUGAUGCUAUUGCAAAGCACAGACACAUUUUAAGAUGGAUGGAUUUGCUACAAAAUACCGUUGAGGGAUUAGAGAAGAUUAGCAUCGAUUUGACCGUAGAACUUCCAAGAGAAAUUAAGGAAAAACCAAAGAAAGACGCAGGUAAAGAAGCAGCAAAGGAUGGUGCAAAUAAGGGUAAGGGUAAGGACACAAAGGGUGACGCAAGCAAGAAGGCUACGCCACCAAAGGGUAAACCAACUACUCCAGAAGAAAUUGCGGCGGCAAAGGCGGCUAAGGAAGCAAAGAAGGCAGCAAAGGCAAAGGCCAAUGCAGAAGCACAAGCAAAGGCAGCAGCAGCAGCAGUUCCUCCAAACCCUUCGAUGAUUGACAUUAGAGUUGGUUAUAUCGAAAAGGCCAUUAAGCAUCCAGAUGCUGAUGCACUAUACGUUUCUACAAUUCAAAUGGGCGACGAAGAAGGCCCAAGAACUGUUUGUUCAGGUUUAGUUAAGCACUUUGCGCUUGAAGAAAUGCAACAGAGGUACGUUAUUGUCAUUGCAAACUUAAAGCCUGUCACUAUGAGAGGUAUAAAAUCCAGUGCUAUGGUUUUAUGUGCAGCCAAUGCCGAUGGUAAAGUGGAAUUUGUCAACCCUCCAGCGGGCUCUGUUGCUGGUGACAAGAUCUUCUUUGAAGGUUUUGAUGGUACUCCAGAGAAGGUAUUAAAUCCAAAGAAGAAAAUCUGGGAAACCGUUCAGGCACACUUUACCACCACCGAGGACUAUACCGUUGUUUACAAGCAGGAAGGUAAACCAGACGCCAAGCUUGUCAACAAGAAGGGUGAAGUUUGUAGAUGUUCUACGAUUGUAAAUGCAGAAGUUCGUUAG